AUGAGCACAAUAAAUGAAUUGUUAAGCUAUUUUGGUGAUGAAAAUAAAGAACAAAAUGAAAUAAAAGAAAAUGAUGAAAAAGAAAAAAGAGAAAAAAAUAUAGUAAAGCGAUAUUUCCCUGGAAAGAAACCCCACUAUGCUAAAGAUUCGGAAGAAGAAGAUGAAACUGAUGAUGAAGAAGACAAUGAAAAAAACAAUGAAGAAAAGAGAAAUCAUUUAUUUACAAAUAAUUCAAAAAAUAAUAAAAACAAAGAUCCUCAAUAUGUUGAAAUUCCCACAGGGGUGCAUGUACGCAAUGACGAAACAAAAAGAAGAUAUGAAAGAUUAAAAAAUUUAAACGCUGGUGCCCAACAGAGGACUGAGCGAAGGACGCGCGAAGUUACAGUUCUCAGCCACGUUGGCGAAAAGGAAGAAGCCAAAGAAGAAGCAAAGGAAGAAGCAAAGGAAGAAGCCAAAGAAGAAGCAAAGAUAGAGGAAGAAGAGGAAGAUGAGGAAGAAGAAAACGAAGAAAACGAAGAAGAUGAGGAGGAAGAUGAAGAGGAAGAAGAGGAUGAUGAGGAUGAGGAGGAUGACAGCUACUUAGAAAGCGAAAGCGAUAAUAGUGAUAAUGUCGUAAAACAUGAAUUUGUUUGUAAAAAGGGUAGAAAAACGCUUUUAGAAAAUUUGGAAAAAGAAAAAAAAGAAAAAAAAAAACUGGAAAAUAUAAAUGCUGAAAAAGAAUUAAUAAAUAUAGAAAAAAAAAAAAACAUUAUAAAAGAGACACUAAAUGCAGAAAUUAUGGAAGAAAUGUUAAAAAAUAAAAAAACAAAUUUUUUAUCAUCUGAAGAAGAUUUUGAAGAUGAUGAAAAAGAUGAAGAAUUAAAUGAAAAAGAAUAUGAAUUAUGGAAAGUUCGACAUUUUGAAAGAUUAAAAAGAGAUGAAUUAGAAAAAAAAAAACAUGAAAUAUUAAAAGACGAAAUUAAAGAAAGAAGAAAUAUGACAGAUAAAGAAAUAAUAGAACAAAACAAACAUUUACCACAUAAAGCUAAUAAUAAUAAAAAAAAAAAAAAAAUGUUAUUUAUGCAAAAAUAUUAUCAUAAAGGAGGAUUUUAUCAAGAUCUAUUUGAAGAAGGUAAAGAAGAAAUAUAUAGAAGAGAUUAUAAUGAACCUACAUAUGAAGAUAGAAUUGAUAAAGAAAAGUUGCCAAAAGUUUUACAAGUAAGACGAGGAAAUUUUGGAAAACAAGGGCAAACAAAAUAUACACAUUUGCUAGAUAAUGAUACUUCAAAAAAAGAUUCUUUAUGGAAUAAUCUACAGCUUAAUUCGAAAAAUAAGAAAAAGCAAGACUUGUUUGAUCGCCCAACGUACAAAAAAAAAUAA